ACUUCCUUCGUACAUAUCCCGACCGACUGCCUGAGGUAGCUGCAAAUUUGGAUUUGGAUCCGACGCCGCGGAAGGAGACGGUCUCGGAGGAGGCAGAGGAGAAGCCAUUGCAGACGGAGGAGGAAAUGCCUUCGGAGUCUGAUGAGUCGAAACUGGUCGAGGACUUGGAGAUGCAGGAUUCGUCGGGUGAGGAGGAUGCGCCACGGAGGUAUAACAGCGACGGUGAAGUUUUACCACCUGGCCAGUUGUUAGAUGAUAUGGCGGUCAAGGUACUAUUUGAGACGCCCUCUGGCUUUGCAAUUUUCCGUUAUAAUGGAUACAAGCUCCGUCACCAAGUUGCCUUGAUGAAGGAAAUCUGGGCAGACUUCGCUGAUCCUGAUUCGGCGGCACAUGAAGUUCGUCUUUUAGGAUUUAAAACUUUUCAGAACAAGGUGCACGCGAUUAGUCAAAGUACUGGUGUCAGUAACGAGCUUGCUAAGAUGAUCCGGAAUAAUCUCCAACCUCGUCAGCGGCUAGCUGUUGGAAAUGAGGAUUAUAAAAGUAUCAUUGAAAAGGAAUUGGGUAUACGCUGUGUGUAUGAUUCUGCUGUAGCGGAGUUGAUGUGGGGCUUAAAGAUUCAGAUGCAGUCUUUACUGACUCCAGAAAACUCAGAUCUGAGUAACGAGGGUUACUUCCCAAUGAGCACAGGAAUGUAUUGUUUCCUGAAGGGGCAGAAGUUUGAUGUCAAACCAGAUAUGAUGGUUACUAGACGUGCUAUUGAGUUGGCAUUCCUCAUCUAUGCCUGUGAUCGCCAUGUUAACAAACGUAGAAGCACCUUGCGCUCUGUUGCUGCGCACAUUGCGAAAAUAUCUCGCAUUAAUACUGAGGGUUGGGAUUUCCACAAAAUUGCGGUCGCGCUCAAGAUAUAUGUUGCCCUGAAGAAAACAUUGCCGCUACCCAUCCGUGGUUUUCAACAGGACAUUGGAGGACGCUUAAGUCUGAUGCACCAAAGUACAAAAAGUUGUUCUUCAAGGGGGCUUCCUUGUUACUCUAUGAUGAAGUGCACUAUCACUGUAAUCUUAGGAUUAAGGCGGGUCAAGAGUUGACCAGUUUGAUCAAACUGGCCAAAAACGUUGAUGUUGAGCAACCACAUGAAGCUGCUAUUGAUCAAGAUGAUCUUGAUGGGAAGAAGAUUUAUCCUGAUAUUGACCCUGCCAUCCUUGAUGAACUUUAAGAGUAUGGUACUGUGAUUUCAGCACGUCCUCUGGAAAGACAAGUAUAUUUCGUACUCGAUAUGAACACUAGAAAGUAGAACAAGGCCAAAAGGGGAAAAAGUUAGUUUUGUUUACUUGUAGUUGUUAUGGAGUUGGUAGAAGUUGAACUAUAAUUUAGGCUUUUAGUUUCAUUUUGUGUUGUUAAAAUGAAGCAAUGGUAACCAAGUUGUUCUUAAUCCAAAAUUUUCUUGAAUCUUACAAAGACGAGAAGAGGGUAACCAAGUUGUUUGAUGA